CGUCAACAGCAGCGCGCAUGCAACACGUCCACUGGGGGUCAAUGUGGUGGCGUCUGUGCGCGGCCACGCUCCAUCCGCGGUCACGACGCGCGUGUAGUCUUCACGCUGCAGGGAACCAGCUGCAAAACGGCGGAACAACGAGAAUCUGCAGUGAAGCUGAGCGGAGCCGGUGGAGCCGAGCAGCAGCAGCAGGAGCAGGAGCAGCAGGAGGUAGAGCAGGAGGAGGAGAAGACGUUCUUCAAACAAGAGGAAUAGAAAAAACUGCUUUGGAGGGAAAAUAACUUGGACAGAGGAGAGAAGAGGAACUUCCUGUGUGGGAUUAAAGGAGAGGAAUCUUGGAGCUAGAGAAACAGAUUUUGAAUGAGAAACAAUUCAUUUGAAUUGAACCGGUGCUCCACCUCAUGUGCUUGCUGGGCAUGGCUGAAGAAUUUGGGGGAAAUUAUGAUCAUGCAAUUUUAUUUUUGCCAGAUAUUUUGAUAUGAUUUGUAAGAUCGAGUGUUAUUUAAAUUAUUAACACAUGAGAUACCUUUUAAUAUAUUAACUAUGCUCUAAUACUAUCAUCAUAAUAUGAUGAGAAUGUAAAUAGAGUAUUGCUUCCAACAUGUGUGUAUUAUAUAAGAAAAUAAUAGGACCUUUCAAAAGUGCAACCUCAGUGAUUUGCUAAUUGCAUUGUUUCAAAUUGCAAUUUUGAUUUGAAAGCACGUAAUUGUUCAGUCCUGUUCCAGAGUGUACCCAUCUCUUUAGUUAACCUCCACCCCUUUUUUCUGAAAAAAUGGACUCGGCCACUUCUCAUGUGAAGGAGCUGCAUGUCUACAUGAUAAAAUCAUGCGUCUGAUCCACUGUGGAGAAAUGUUGGACAUCAUGACUGGAGCACCUGCUGGCAGAGGACGCACGAAAGACUGGUUUUCAAGAACUACACCAGUGGAGUGCAGGCGGCGAGUCCCUGCCUGUUUUUUGUUCUUUCUCGUCUCUGUCGUCCUCCUGCUCCUCUCCCUGGUUACACCAGCUCUGUCCAUUCAUAUGGAGUCCAUGGAGAGCCACAAUGAGUUCAGCUGUGAGCCCAUUAGACUGCGGAUGUGUCAGGAUCUGCCUUACAACACCACCUUCAUGCCCAAUCUACUGAAUCACUACGAUCAGCAGACUGCUGCACUCGCCAUGGAGCCAUUUCAUCCCAUGGUUAACUUGGUGUGCAGCACUGACCUGAGGAUGUUCCUGUGUGCCCUCUACGCCCCCGUGUGCACCGUUUAUGGCCGGGUGUCCAUGCCGUGCCGCUCUCUUUGCCAGCGAGCCAGAGACGAGUGCCACAAACUCAUGGAGAUAUUUGGAGUCACCUGGCCAGAGGACAUGGAGUGCAACAGGUUCCCAGAUUGUGAUCAGCCUUAUCCUCGUGCUGAAGACUUGCUCACGGGCUCUGACCCCACUGACCAGUCGUCCAUGACGGUGCAGAGAGACUAUGGUUUCUGGUGCCCCAGAGAGCUCAAGGUCGACCCUGACCUCGGGUACUCGUUCAUGGGCAAGAAAGACUGUUCUGCUCCGUGUCCCUCAAUGUUCUUCAACCAGCAGGAGCUCACUUUUACCCGAUACUUCAUAGGAGUCGUCUCCAUUGUCUGCCUGUCCGCCACGCUCUUCACCUUCCUGACUUUUCUCAUUGACGUCACCAGGUUUCGAUACCCUGAGCGACCGAUAAUCUUCUACGCCGUGUGCUACGUCAUGGUGUCGCUGAUAUUUUUUCUCGGCUUCCUGUUGGAGGACAGGGUGGCGUGUAACGGUGUCAGCCCUUCUCAGUUCAGAGCCUCAACUAUAACACAAGGUUCACACAACAAGGUUUGCACCCUGUUCUUCAUGGUCCUGUAUUUCUUCACCAUGGCCGGCAGUCUGUGGUGGGUCAUACUGACUAUCACUUGGUUUCUGGCCGCCGUGCCUAAAUGGGGUAGUGAAGCCAUAGAGAAGAAAGCCCUCCUCUUCCACGCCGUGGCCUGGGGGCUCCCAGGGGCCCUGACUGUCACCCUGUUGGCCCUGAACAAAAUCGAAGGAGAUGGGAUCAGUGGAGUGUGUUUCAUAGGCUUGUAUGACAUCGACGCCCUGAGGUGGUUUGUUCUGGCACCGCUCUGCCUCAACGUGGCGGUGGGCGUCUCCCUCCUGUUGGUGGGCAUUGUGGCUCUGAAUCGUGUCCGCAUGGAGAUUCCCCUGGAGAAGGAAAACCAGACCAAACUAGUCAAGUUUAUGAUCCGGAUGGGCGUCUUCUCUGUGCUCUACCUCGCGCCCCUGUUGACUGUGAUCGGGUGCUACCUGUACGAACACACCUACCGGAACAUUUGGGAGACAACGUGGAUGCAGGAGAACUGCAAGCGCUACCACAUCCCCUGUCCAUACAAGGUGGAGCAGACCAGUCGCCCCGUCAUGGUGUUGUUCCUGAUAAAGUACCUGAUGAUGCUGGUGGUGGGCAUCCCCUCUGUGUUCUGGGUGGGCAGUAAGAAGACGUGUUUCGAGUGGGCCAGCUUUCUGCACGGACGCCAGCGCAAAGACAGCGGCGUGAACGAGUCUCGCCAGGUGCUCCAGGAGCAGCCGGACUUCACCCAGUCUCUGCUGCGUGAACCCAACACCCCCGUUAUAAGGAAGUCCAGAGGAACGUCCACUCAGGGCACCUCCACUCACGCCUCCUCCACUCACCUGGCAGUCCUGGAGGAUCUGGACGAACCCGUUAGAAGUCACCACGGUCACGCCGCCUCCACCAGGAGUAAAGCCAGCAGCGUUCACAGCAAGACCAGCUACCACGGCAGCCUGCGCCGCACUCGUGACGACAGAAGCGACACCCUGGCGUACAGAGGCACCGAGCAGCGCAGUUUCCACAGCAGCAUGCCACGUCUCGACCACCCGCUCUCCACGCACAGCAGUCUGCACCAGAUAGACAGCAACUCCAGGCACGGCAGCCAGCGAGACAUGUCGGAGGCUCCGCCUCCCGUCAUCACGCACGGAACCACGGCGAGUAACAGUCGAGUGGACGAGAACGGCGGCACCAGUGCUUGAGAGAAGCCACAAAACUUUCAAAAUGAAUAAUUGUCCGUAUGCUGCCGUGAUGCUUUUGCCCUCGGAGCAAAUGCACUGAAGUGUGUCAGAGUUUUCCCUUCGUGAGAAGUGCCUGCUUGUCAUUUGCAAACAGACAAACAGAUGUUUACACAGCAGUUGACACAAAGAGGCGGAGCCAAACUUGUUACAAAGUGACCUGGCGUUUGUUGAAGGUGAACUCGCGUCCUGGAUUUGGAGGAUUGGACACCAGUUUUCAGAGCCUAACCCAACACCAUUUUACAAACAAAUGUAUUUUUCUUUGCAUCAUCUUGCAGAACUUCCUGUUAAAUAUGUGAACAUUGCAGUGCAUUGCUUUUAUAACUUAAAUCUUCAACGUUCUUUCUUCUCAUCUGAGACUUGUUUCGGUCUGUUAAUAAUCUUAAUCUUUGGGUGGAUUAACACAAACGAGGGCUGCAAUGAAUUGAUUGUUAUCAGUUUCAGUGUCAAGAAUCUUAAUGACAAAAAGUGUUGAUUGGAACAUUAUUCACAGUGAAGAAACUGAAAAAAUACUCAGACAAAUUAAAAUAGAUGACAAUUAAUUUAGUAGUCAAUUAAUAAUUAAUUAAUUAAUUGUUGCAGCCCUAUCAGAGACGCACGAUUAUUAGCCUCAUGCAACAUUGUGGACCUCUCUUGAGCGGUUUUGCAAGAUAUUUUUAUACUGUGAAAAUCAACUGCUGUUUCGCAGUCAGUGUGUAUGUGCAGGUGUGUGUGUGUGUGUGCGUGCGCAUGUAAGAAACAAGACGCAAGUGGUUUUGUAUGUUCUAAACUUUUAUUGUGACCUUUUCCGUGACGUAACAGGGUUGUUUUAUAUAGAACAUGGACGUUUUUAUGCGUAAAAACAAACUGGACAAAGUACGUUGUGCACUCACUGUCGGUGUCUGAACGUUUGCCUCAAAUUGCUUCACAAUCUUUUCAAGGUACAACAACAAACCGGACGACCGGAAUAUUCAGGUCGCCACUCAUCACUGUGUCCACAGUCACACAGCUGUAUAAACCAUAGUGUCAUUUUUUGAAAAAGCUUUUAUUUUGAAAUCUGUUGUCAUUUAUGUCAUUAUUUUACAUUUAUUGUGGACAUUUUACAGGAAGUGUGUAGUGUUACUGUCUCUCUACUGUGGUUGUGUUUUGUUCUACAAUCCCUCAAGUUCCAGUUUACCUACCUCACGUCUACCCUUCUCUGGACCCACUCACGCACAUUUCUCCAUAGUUGUGAGGACUCUUUUUGACCCUUUUAGGCUUUUCUUAGCUCGACACCACACUCAGGCUACAAUGGCGUCAUUUUUGUAACCUAAUAUCACACCAACACGUGUAACCAUUUCUUAAUUUUAAUAUAAACUCUUAAAACAGAGUGUCAACCCUCAGAGAACUCUUUUUAAAGUGAUCAGGAGCAGCCAAAAUAUUCCUUGCUCGCUACAGUAACAGCUUUAAACCAAAGUUUGUUCUCAACAGAAAGAGGUGCACACACACAUACCAGAUUCAUAAAUCUGAACUACUGCCAUUGAUGGAUAUUAUUAUUUAGAUUCUUAUUUAUCAUGGGUUCUGUCUAUUUCUUCAUCAACAUUCAUACACAUUUCUGUCUUUCUAGAAUUGUGAAGACAUAAAUUAAAAGAAAUGUACGCCCGGGGAUCAAUUCAGUAUUUCUGAUUCUGGUCAUUUGUCCCUUACUCUAAACUUAACCACCACUCAACCACUAGCCCUUACCUUAACCCUCGUAGUGUAAACAUGAGUUAGUGAAGACCAACUGCCUCCUGUGAAUCUGUCGUACAAAGAUGUUCUGUCCUCCGCCUGCUCCUCCUGCACAUGUGACCACACUCGUCUUUUUUCUGGACCUAAACAAAGUGUCUGUGCUGUCGUUGACUUCUUCAGACAUUAACUCUCGGGCUUCUGCGUCUUUACAAUGAGAGAGUGAUACUAAAUCCUUAUUUCUUUUUUUUUUUACUUCCAUGUCUUACAUGUCAUUCAACCAGACAUGACUUGACUUGUUAAUUCUGAUGAUGUUGUCAUGA